GCAGCAGUUUCUUGGGCAUCGAGGAAUUGACGCUGUCUUCUUAUCAUCUCUUCAUCGAACAACCUUCAUCCUUAUUAACCAUGAUGCAGAUCAGCUCCACCAUCCCAGCACACAAUCUUCACAUGUUCCAGACAAGACGCGCCAGCUUCAGAUGUCGAGCUUCUCCGUUAAACCCUUCAACCAACCCAGUCCCCUCCUCAACCUCUUCUCAGUGUCUCAAACCCCUCACCUCCACCGACUCCACGCGCUUGCACCUCUCCAACCUUGACAAACUCCUCCAGAAGGAAUCACCCCCUCAACAACCCCAACAACAACUACCCAUUCCAAACGACAACCCCAAAACGACGGAGAAGAAAGCAAAAAACAUUCUGGAAGGUCUCAAUCUUGCGAGGCUGUGGCCGGAUAUGAAAGCCACGGAGGAAAUGUCGCCGCGCCACCUCAACCGCCUCCAGCGGUUGCUUUCGAAGACGGCGGAGUAUUCGCCGCGAAACGCUCUGGGAAGCCGGUGGAGAGAAUACCACGGAAUCAACGAUUGGAAAGGCAUGCUUGAUCCUCUGGACGAGAAUCUCCGGCGAGAGGUUGUUCGGUACGGCGAAUUCGUCCAAGCCGCGUAUCAUUCCUUUCACUCUAACCCCGAAAUGUCAGCGGAAGAACCCCCACUUCCACGUCACAUGGUGUUACCAGAUAGAUCUUAUAGGGUCACGAAAAGCCUCUAUGCGACGUCAUCAAUCGGGUUACCGAAAUGGGUGGACGACGUGGCUCCGGAUCUCGGCUGGAUGACCCAACGUUCUAGUUGGAUCGGAUACGUGGCCGUUUGCGAUGACCGGAGGGAGAUUGCGCGUUUGGGAAGGAGAGAUAUUGUUAUCUCUCUCCGAGGAACCGCCACGUGUCUUGAAUGGGCUGAGAAUAUGCGGGCCCAGUUAAUAGACAUGCCAGAAGGGACUAAUGAAGAGGGCGAAGGAAAGGCCAAAGUGGAGUGCGGGUUCAUGAGCCUGUACAGGACACGUGGAACUCACGUGCCGAGCAUGGCUGAGUCGGUGAUUGAAGAGGUGAAGCGGCUAAUGGAAGUGUAUAAAGGGGAAACCCUGAGCAUUACGAUAACCGGGCACAGCUUGGGCGCGGCACUGGCUCUGUUGGUCGCUGAUGACGUCAGCAGUUGUAGCCCAGAGGUGCCCCCCGUGGCUGUUUUUUCCUUUGGUGGGCCGAGGGUUGGCAACAAGGCCUUUGGGGACAAAAUUACGGCCCAAAAUGUUAAAGUCCUAAGAAUAGUUAAUUCUCAAGAUGUUAUCACCAGAGUUCCGGGAAUGUUUGUGAGCGAAGAGCUUGAGCGAAAGCUAAGAAACUCCAAGGUUGGGGGUGUACUUGACAUGUUGGAUGAGUACUCCCACACUGGAACGGAGCUCCGUUUGGAUACGAAGAUGUCACCGUAUCUGAAGCCUGAUGCGGACAUGGCAUGUUGUCAUGACUUGGAGGCUUAUCUGCACUUGGUGGAUGGGUUCUUGGCUUCUAAUUGCCCUUUUAGAGCCAAUGCUAAGAGAAGCUUGGCUCGAUUAAUGCAAGAUCAAAGUGCUAAUGUCAAAAAAUUGUAUACUAGCAAGGCUAAAGCCUUGAGUGUCAACCUUGAAAGACAAGGCUCCUUUUCUCUCUCUGGUUGUUUGCCUAGUCCAUCAUAAACCAUCAAUGUGAAUACAAAAAA